AAAAAAAGAGAAAAGAAAAAAAAAAAAGAGAAAAGAGGAUUUUAACUAGACUUUUCAAUAAAUACAUAUAUAACAUGCCCAAGUCCAAACGUAGUACUAUUGUUCCUUUAACUCAAACCAGCAAGAAAGGUCGUGAAGGAAAAGAAAAAUUGAUUGAAGAUAUUCAUGAAUGUGUAGAUAAUUAUGAUUAUUUGUAUUUAUUUUCUGUAAAAGAUAUGCGCAACACUUACCUUAAAGAAAUCCGCCACGAUUUUAAUGAUUCUCGUUUCUUUUAUGGUAAGAAUCGUGUGAUGGCUAAAGCUCUUGGAACAACACCUGAAGAAGAAUAUAAAGAAGGAUUAUCUGGCAUUGCUAAGAAUUUAACAAGUGAAGUAGGUCUACUUUUUACAAAUAAACAGCCAGAAGAAGUACAAAGCUAUUUUGCUGAAUUUGUUAAACCUGAUUAUGCACGCUCUGGUGCUAUUGCUACUGAUACUAUUACGAUCUCUGAAGGACCAGUAAUGCGCGGCGUAGAUCCCAUGCCUCAUAACAUGGAACCUCUUUUGAGAUCACUUGGUAUGCCAACUGUUCUUAAGAAUGGUAUUGUUACCUUACUUGUUCCUUACACAAUAUGUAUGGAAGGCGAAACACUUUCGACAAAUCAAGCUCAUCUUUUGAAACUUUUCUAUCAUCAACUGGCGGAAUUCCGUGUGGAAUUGAUUAGUUGUUAUCAUAAUGGGCAAAUCCAACAGUUAGAAUAAAAAAUAUAUACAUAUUAGAAAGAGGAAUUUAACUUAUGGCUGCUACUUUGAGUUUAUUGUUUAUUAAUGCCAUUUUUUUUUUCUUUAUUUCUCUUGAAUCUUUUUAUUAUAAAUAAAUAAAAAUCUAUAAAUUAAUGCAUUUCUUUUUUAUAAUCUAA